AUGGCCACGGUGCACAACUCCAACGUCGCCUGCUGCUCUAUCCCCCCUGUUCAGUCCGACUACACCCCAAAGGGCACCUUCAAGCCCUAUGGUGGUUUCAACAAGGUGUACGUGACGGGCCCUGAGACUCCCGGAAAGAUGGCCAUCGUCUGUGUGUACGAUAUCUUCGGCUACUGGCCGCAGACCCAGCAGGGCGCGGACAUCAUCGCGGACAAGCUCAAGGCACAGGUGCUCAUGCCCGACUUCUUCGAGAACGGCGCGCCCUGGCCGGUCGACAACUUCCCGCCCACGACGGACGAGGACAAGCAGAAGCUCCAGGAGUUCUUCGGCGGGCUCGCGAACCCGGGCGAGAACGUCAAGCGCCUGCUCGCCGUCGCCGACGCGCUCAAGAAGGACGGCGUGGAGUUCAUCGGCGUGUACGGCUUCUGCUGGGGCGGCAAGGUCACCAUCCUCGCGAGCUCGACGGAGACGACGCCGUUUGGGGCCGCCGCGGCCGUGCACCCUGCAAUGCUCUCGCACGGUGAUGUCACGAACCUCGCCAUUCCCCUCGGGCUGUACCCGAGUAAAGACGAGCCUGAGGAAGAGUCCAAGCAGAUUAUGGAAAUCAUUUCCAAGAAACCGAUCAAGGACAAGAGCGACUACAAGCUUUACGAUUCGUUCCACGGCUUUGCUGCCGCGCGAGCAGAUUUGAAGGACGCCGAGAAUAAGAAGCACUACGAGGACCUAUACGGCCGCGUCAUCGGCUUCUUCAGCAAGACUAGUGGUACCAAGGUCGAAUGA